AUGUUUUUGGUGAAACGUCUAAAUGCUGUUCCAACUGGAACUAUCAUGACUAGUCUAACAAGUGGUAUGAACAGAAGUAUAUCAAGUUCGAUAUUUCGUCCAUUCGCAGGUUUGAAUUCAGUUGGCCUGUUCCCAGGAACAGCUACCAACACUUUUGGUAGUGCAAUUACUGGUUUGUUGGGAUUACAAAGAAGAUGGAAAUCAAGAGGUAAUACUUACCAACCAAGUACUUUAAAACGUAAAAGAAAGUUUGGUUUCUUAGCAAGAGCUAGAAGCAGAAGUGGUUCAAAAAUAUUGGAAAGAAGAAAGGCUAAAGGUAGAUGGUAUUUAUCUCACUAG